AUGGGUGACAAUCUCUACGAGUAUAUAUUCAAGUCUCAAGUCACUGGGCUAAAUCUUACACCAGCCAGCACUGCCUCCGACGUCAUCAAGGAGUACAACAACCGCAACACCCUCACACCCCACAUAGAGACGCUUGUUGAUGACCAGCUAAUCGUAUUUAUCCCGUUUACUGUCUCAGUGAAACUAAAAUCCAUUCUGCUUGGAAUCGAUGGCGGUGAACAGCGGCCGAGUGCCGUGAAGAUAUACUCAAACACGCCCCACUGCCCCGAUUUCGACCAGCUCGAAGGCAGUGUUUGCUUACAGGACAUGUCCUUGGAGAGUACGCAGGAGGAUGACAUCGCCCGCCAACCCUCAUUAACGAAAGAAUACCCGCUACGGGUCGCACGCUUCACGAACGUCUACUCCAUCGCUCUCUUCUUCCCCUCUUCCGUCGGCCGCGCGCGCAGCAGGCUGUACUACGUCGGCUUCAAAGGCGAAACACUUGCGCCGCACAAAGAGAACCAAGAUAGGAUGCAAAUAGCAGCGUCGAACGCCGGCGACACUCCCAUCCAGCACCUCAAGCAGCAGGCGGGCGGGAACGUGGCAACGACGAGCAACUACGCGGCGUGA